UUUUCUUAGAAACAAAUUGAAGAUUUAGAUCGCAUUAAGUAUGUGAAAGUAUGGAAAAAAUUUCACCAAGCUAUUCUGAUGCAAACUCUGCUGCAUGUAUUCACAAGAUUCCAUAAGUUGCAUGCGUUCUGUUUCAAAACUGUUUUUUCUUUUAUUUUCACACCCAUCCUUGUUUUUAUUUUUCCUUUUUCUUGGUUGGAUUCCUCUGUGUGUUUAAUACAAUCCCUGUCCAGUCCUGGAAUUUGAACUACGGAAAGCCAAGGAGACCAUUCAGUCCCUUCGUGCCAACCUGACACAAGCUGCAGCCUUCACAGAAAAUGAUGUUCCUUUACAGGAACGGAAAAAUUAUAAAUCCAGCCCUGAAAUUCAGGAAGCUGUUAAACCUCUUGAGAAAAGAGCAUUAAAUUUCCUAGUGAAUGAAUAUUUAUUGAAGAUUAAUUACAAACUCACCUCAAUAACCUUUUCAGAUGAAAAUGAUGACCAGGAUUUUGAGUUGUGGGAUGAUGUUGGAUUAAACAUUCCGAAGCCGCCAGACCUGUUGCAGAUGUAUCGGGAGUAUGGAAGCCAUGCAACCUCAUCAAAAGAAAUGAAGGAUGUGGCUGUUGAAGUGGAGCCAGGUGACUUGGAAGUGCUACCGAGUGUCCAAGAACCAGCCACUUUGCAGCACCUGCAGUUAGAAGAGCAAACUAAAGUAGUGCAAGAGCUACGAGAUCAACUUCAUAUCUUAAAGAAUGAGAAAAUAACCCUUACAAUGCAAAUCAGACAGCUUAAGAGUGAAAUAGAAGAGCUCAAGCGGCAGAGUUUUGCUGCUGUGGCUACCACCACUGACAGCACGGUGCAUCCUCCAGCCAUGACAGAACAAGUGCCUGAGAAUCAAACCGUGGAUAGUGGGGAAUACCUGGACAUCAGAAGUUUUGAAAGGAAUAGCUGUAGCGAAGAGAAGGAGGUCUCCACUUCUUGCCCAAUAGACACUAUCACAAAUCCUUCUAGACCUUCGGCCACGUCAGUCACAGUAACAACACUAACGACAAAAAACAAGAAAGAAACUGAACCGGCAAUAGUUUGUUCUCAGUCAGCUCAUGAGCCUGUUCAAUUUGAUAAGCCAAACAGGACGUUAUCACCUGCAUUUCAUCAAGCACUGCUGUCUUUUUGCCGCAUGGCAACUGACAGUCGCUUGGGCGCAGAGGUUUCUCGAAUCGCAGAUAGUGAGCAGUGUGUAAUGCUGAUGUUGGGACGAUGUCUACCACACAUAGUACCGAAUGUGCUGCUAGCAAAACGAGAAAAAAUGGUUAUACAUCUCUGUCAGGUGAGUUAA